AUUAUGAUGGCCACGAACACUACAUCUCCUGCUGCAUCCUCCUCACGAGGUGUCAUGUUCAUAUCUCUGUUGGCUAUCAUCUUACUGUCAAUUGCACUGGCUGUGGGGCUUCCUGGCAAUAGCUUUGUGGUGUGGAGCAUCUUGAAAAGGAUGCACAAACGCUCUGUCACUGCCUUGUUGGUGUUGAACCUGGCCUUGGCCGACUUGGCCGUAUUGCUCACUGCUCCCUUUUUCCUGCACUUCCUGGCUCAUGGCACCUGGAGUUUCAAAGUGGCCGGCUGCCGCCUGUGCCACUAUAUCUGUGGAGUCAGCAUGUAUGCUAGUGUGUUGUUUAUUACAGUCAUGAGUCUGGACCGGUCACUGGCAGUGGCCCGUCCCUUUACGUCCCAGAAGCUGCGCACCAAAGAGAUUGUCCGGCCGUUGUUGGCAGCUAUCUGGGUGGUGUCCUUUUUGCUGGCCACGCCAGCUCUUGCAUACCGCACGGUGAGUUUGGGAUUGAACAACAGGAGCCUGGUGUGCUUCCCGAAGUACCCCAACGAAAGGCACAGGGCAUUUCAUCUACUCUUCGAGGCCUUCACCGGCUUCCUGCUGCCCUUCCUGGCCGUGGUGGCCAGCUACUCCGACAUCGGACGCAGGCUGCGGGCGCGGCGCUUCCGUCGCAGCCGCCGCACGGGCCGCUUGGUGGCACUCAUCAUCCUGGCCUUCGCCGCUUUCUGGCUGCCCUACCACGCGGUGAACCUGGCCGAGGCAUUCCGCGCAUUAGCGGGUCUGCGCGCUGGGUCGGGUCCCACCGGGGAGCGGCUGCAGCUGGCCCGCCACGCGCUCAUCGCACUGGCCUUCCUGAGCAGCAGCGUGAACCCGGUGCUGUACGCCUGCGCCGGCGGCGGCCUGCUGCGCUCGGCCGGCUUGGGCUUCGUCGCCAAGUUGCUGGAGGGCACCGGCUCUGAGGUGUCCAGCACACGCCGCGGCGGCACCAUGGGCCAGACCGUAAAGGGAGCCAUUCUCUCUCCGGAGCCUGCACCCGCCGAGAGCAUCACGGCCUCCUCUGAGCCUCUCCAAUGA